CCCGUGCGCUUCAGUCCAUGUGGGCGCCGGCGCUGUGGGCCGCAGCGCAGGGUCGCCAUGGCGGAGCUGCAGCAGCUCCGAGUGCAGGAGGCGGUCGACUCCAUGGUGAAGAGUCUGGAGAGAGAGAACAUCCGAAAGAUGCAGGGCAUCAUGUUCCGGUGCAGCGCCAGCUGUUGUGAGGACAGCCAGGCGUCCAUGCAACAGGUACACCAGUGCAUUGAGCGCUGCCACGCGCCACUGGCUCAAGCCCAGGCCCUGGUGACCAGCGAGUUGGAGAAGUUCCAGGACCGCCUGGCCCGGUGUACCAUGCAUUGCAAUGACAAAGCCAGAGACUCAAUGGAUGCAGGGAAUAAGGAACUUGUGGUGAAGCAGCAGCUGGAGAGCUGUGUGACCAAGUGUGUGGAUGACCACAUGCAUCUCAUCCCGUCCAUGACCAAGAAGAUGAAGGAGUCUCUCUCAUCCAUUGCAAAAUAAAAGUCUUUGCUAGUGGCCAUUGUGAAUGAGGGCAGGAUGGGAAUUUUGGUUUUUUAAGUGAGGUUUAGGAAUGAAGAAAUUAAGGAUGGCAGCAAGUUUAAGGACUAUGUCACCUGGCUCUGUGGAUGCUGGUUCUUUUAUAGGUUUUAAUCCAUAGCAAGUAAAGUGGGAAAAACUGGUGCUAAAAUUUGGGUUGUAGGUAGCACAGGAGAGUUAUUUACAGCCUAAAUUAUAUGUGGCAAGUGCUUAUCCUAGCAGCUGUAUCAAGCCAGAGCCUCCAACACACCAGAUUCUGCUUCUCACAUAAGUACCAACAGGCUGGCAUGUUCCUCCAGCCUACCUAUGACCUGGUGGUGUUUGAAGAGAGUAUUUCUGUUUGUUGCCAACCUCCUGUUUACAAGAAGUAUCGCCACCCCAUUUUCCAUAAGCUGUAAAACAGAAUCCAUAAGAUCAGUAAUGCAGAAGUGGAAAACAGAGAUCUGGGUCUUUGUUUUGCUUAGUUUUGUUUUAUAUCCAAGAGCCUGAUAUUGAUUAAGAUGUCAAGCUGGGAGACAGGGUAGUUGGAUGAAAACUUUGAAAGGCUCUUUGGCCAUCUGACUGUCAAGAUGUGCUUUUCUUGAAAUUCUCAUAUAUUGCACCUUUCAGCCUGGGACCGUGCAAAAACGGGAGACCGUGUCACACUGGGUAUGGGAAGCAGAACUUCCUUCUCGCUGGCUGCUCUGGUGGCCUCUGAGGCUGUCUGCAGUAGAGUGACAGGACAAUCUUGCAAUGACACUACUCAUUUGAAGGAAAAGGGGUUUUGAUUGUGAUACAUACCAAUAUCUGGGAAUGAAUGAUGAAAGAGAAACUGUCGGCUGCUUAAUUAAGAAAGUUGUGCUGGAUUUGGAUAAACCUAGUUUUUCAUAUAACUGAAUGAAAUGAAGGCCUAAACCCAGCAUUACUUACUUCUUGUUGUUUUUGUUGUUGUUAGUUGCCAUCGAGUCGGGUCCAACUCAUGGUACUUUAUGUAUAACAAAACUAAAUGUUGCCUGGUCCUGUGCCGUCUUCAUGAUCGUUGGCAUGUCUGAGUCCAUUAUUUCAGCUGUUGUGGCAAUCUGUCUCAUUUAGGGUUUCCUCGUUUUUGUUGGCGCUCUACCAACAUAACGUCGUUUUCGAGUGAUUGGUGUUUCCUGAUGAUGUGUCCAGCUGCCUGCUUAGCCCCCUGAAAUAACAGCCCUGUUAAGCCAAUACCUGGCAACAUGAAAGUCAAGGGAGGAAAAGUAACUCAGGAGCUAGGGAGAGCUGUGGCUCCUUUCGAGCAAAGGAGGGGCAGCCCCCCAUUACCAAAUACCACUUUCUGCCUGAGGCCUCUGCAGUGCGCAGUGUUCCUGCUUCAGUGACGCCUUACCAUUUUGAUAAGGCCUUUGUCAUCUUUCUACCAAUUUAUUACUUGAAGUGCUAUUGUAGCCUGUCUGCUGUUUCAUGGCUGUGAUAUAUUUUCCUAGUGGUUUAAUUAGAAAAAAUAAAUAAGGUUUAAUUUUCCCCACA